GGUGGUAGUUGUGGCGGUUUGGCGUGUCGCUGGGCGGCCGUGAUCGCGCGCCACGAUGCCUGCGGUGUCGAAGGGCGAUGGGAUGCGGGGCCUGGCGGUUUUCAUCUCCGAUAUCCGGAACUGCAAAAGUAAAGAAGCAGAGAUAAAGAGGAUAAAUAAAGAACUAGCAAACAUUCGAUCAAAAUUUAAAGGUGACAAGGCUCUGGAUGGUUACAGUAAGAAAAAAUAUGUCUGCAAACUACUUUUCAUCUUUCUCCUGGGGCAUGACAUUGACUUUGGUCACAUGGAGGCUGUAAACCUGCUCAGUUCUAAUAGAUAUACAGAGAAACAAAUUGGAUAUCUCUUCAUCUCCGUACUAGUGAACUCUAACAGUGAGCUGAUUCGCUUAAUAAACAAUGCGAUCAAGAAUGAUCUGGCCAGCCGCAACCCCACCUUCAUGGGGCUUGCUCUGCAUUGUAUUGCUAAUGUGGGUAGCCGGGAGAUGGCAGAAGCAUUUGCUGGAGAAAUUCCAAAAAUACUUGUAGCUGGAGAUACUAUGGAUAGUGUAAAGCAGAGUGCUGCCUUGUGCUUGCUGCGUUUAUAUAGAACUUCUCCUGACCUUGUCCCCAUGGGAGAUUGGACGUCUAGAGUGGUGCAUCUCCUCAAUGACCAGCACUUGGGUGUGGUUACUGCAGCUACAAGUCUGAUCACCACUCUGGCACAGAAGAACCCAGAAGAAUUUAAAACUUCAGUCUCCUUGGCAGUGUCUAGAUUAAGCAGAAUUGUAACUUCUGCAUCAACAGAUCUUCAGGACUAUACGUACUACUUUGUUCCUGCUCCUUGGUUAUCUGUGAAACUUCUGAGACUGCUACAGUGCUAUCCACCUCCAGAAGACCCUGCGGUACGUGGUCGUCUAACAGAAUGCCUGGAAACUAUUCUUAACAAAGCGCAGGAGCCACCAAAGUCAAAAAAAGUACAACACUCAAAUGCAAAGAAUGCUGUGCUGUUUGAGGCAAUAAGCUUAAUUAUACAUCAUGACAGUGAGCCAAAUCUACUAGUCCGUGCCUGUAACCAGCUAGGUCAGUUCUUGCAGCACCGAGAAACUAAUUUGCGUUACCUAGCACUGGAAAGCAUGUGCACGCUUGCCAGCUCUGAAUUCUCACAUGAGGCUGUGAAAACACACAUAGAAACAGUUAUCAAUGCAUUGAAGACUGAAAGAGAUGUAAGUGUACGGCAAAGAGCUGUAGAUCUCCUGUACGCAAUGUGUGAUCGAAGCAAUGCCCAACAGAUUGUGGCUGAAAUGCUGAAUUACUUGGAGACUGCUGAUUAUUCCAUUAGAGAAGAAAUUGUUCUGAAAGUUGCAAUUCUAGCUGAGAAGUAUGCAGUGGAUUAUACCUGGUAUGUGGAUACAAUCUUGAAUCUGAUUCGCAUUGCUGGUGACUAUGUCAGUGAAGAAGUGUGGUAUCGAGUUAUUCAGAUUGUCAUCAACAGGGAUGAUGUUCAAGGGUAUGCAGCAAAGACUGUUUUUGAGGCACUUCAAGCUCCAGCAUGCCAUGAGAAUCUUGUAAAAGUAGGUGGCUACAUCUUGGGAGAAUUUGGAAAUCUGAUAGCAGGUGAUCCAAGAUCAAGUCCCCUUAUCCAGUUCAACUUGCUACAUUCCAAGUUUCAUCUGUGUAGUGUCCCUACUCGAGCUCUGCUUCUGUCUACCUACAUCAAGUUUGUGAACCUGUUUCCAGAAAUCAAAACUACAAUUCAAGAUGUAUUGCGCAGUGACAGUCAGCUGAAGAAUGCUGAUGUUGAGCUGCAGCAGAGAGCUGUUGAAUAUUUGAGGCUCAGUACUAUUGCCAGUACUGAUAUAUUGGCUACAGUGCUGGAAGAAAUGCCUCCCUUUCCAGAGAGGGAAUCUUCUAUUUUGGCUAAACUCAAGAAGAAGAAAGGCCCAGGCACAGUUACUGACCUGGAAGAGAUCAAAAAGGAGAGGAGCUCUGAUAUGAAUGGAAGCACUGAACCUGCCUCUGUCAAUGCCAGUGCUGUUUCUACUCCUUCUCCAUCUGCGGAUCUGCUGGGUCUGGGUGCUGCCCCUCUCACCAAUUCAGCUCCCCCACCGUCCUCUAGUGGUAGCCUGCUGGUGGAUGUAUUUUCAGAUUCAGCUUCUGCAGUUGCACCUCUUGCUCCUGGUUCUGAUGACAACUUUGCGAGCCCUGACCUGGCUUCAUCUGAGGUAGUUUCUGAGGAACCAGCUGAUACUGUGCAUGAUGCUGAUGAGCUUUUUCACAAGUUUGUGUGUAAAAAUAAUGGAGUCUUAUUUGAAAAUCAGUUGCUACAAAUUGGAUUGAAAUCUGAAUUUCGACAGAACCUGGGACGUAUGUUCAUAUUCUAUGGUAAUAAGACAUCAACACAGUUCUUGAAUUUUACUCCAACAGUAAUCUGCUCAGAUGACCUACAGUCAAAUAUCCUUAUUCAGACAAAACCUGUUGACCCCACAGUGGAUGGAGGUGCACAGGUUCAACAGGUUGUGAACAUCGAAUGUGUGUCAGACUUUAUGGAAGCUCCAAUCCUGAACAUUCAAUUCAGGUAUGGCGGAACAUUUCAAAAUCUUUCGGUAAAAUUACCCAUCACACUGAAUAAGUUUUUCCAGCCGACAGAGAUGUCUUCUCAAGACUUUUUUCAGCGUUGGAAGCAACUGAGCAAUCCGAAACAAGAAGUACAGAAUAUCUUUAAAGCAAAACACCCGAUGGAUGCAGAGAUCACAAAAGCAAAGAUAAUUGGCUUUGGAUCAGCCCUGCUUGAGGAGGUAGAUCCCAAUCCUGCUAACUUUGUUGGUGCUGGUAUCAUACAUACAAAAACUACUCAGAUUGGAUGCUUGCUGCGCCUUGAACCCAACCUCCAGGCACAGAUGUAUAGGCUCACACUACGAACAAGUAAAGAAGCUGUAUCUCAGAGGUUAUGUGAAUUGCUGUCAGAACAGUUUUAAUAUUAACCAUGUCAGUUUUUGGUUUUUCCAUUUAUAUCACUGUCAUCAUACUGCAAAUAAAUGUCUUGUACAUCA